UGAUAACAAAGGUGAUAGAAAUGAUGGGGGCAUUGAUAACAAGGUAGUGGGGCCACUGUUGGAUUCCCCAUGCCAGAACACUGUUGGUCAGCAAAGGGCCUCAGAAACCUCUUUAAUACUGUUCUAAGAAGCUACUACAGAUAUUGUUUGCUCCGACUGAUACUUCCUCCUACAGAUGUCCUUGUGUGUCCUCUGCGGCCAGUGGAACGCUUUCGUGACCUGCGUCCUGAAGAAGUGGCUGAUUUGUUCCAGGUGACUCAGAGAGUCGGGACAGUGGUGGAGAGACAUUUCCAAGGGACCUCUCUCACCUUUUCCAUGCAGGAUGGCCCCGAAGCUGGACAGACUGUGAAGGCUUUUAAUUCUGCUCUGCAGGGACAAGACUGGUCUGGCUUAUUCAGUCAGGCACUAACAGCAGGAAAAGGGGAAAAUAGAGCACGUUCAUGUCCACAUUCUUCCCCGAAAGGCUGGAGACUUUCACAAAAACGACAGCAUCUAUGAUGAGGCCUGUUUUGAAUUUGAGGGGAUCCUUGAGAUCUUCUUAGGGAUCUGCAGUUUCCUGUUCACCAAACGAACCACAGACACAGACUGAUGAGACUGUCACUCUGCAAGAUGUCUUCAAGGGAACAGGAUAUGUUGUGAAUGUACAUAUAAAGCCAUGUCAAUAAGGAAUGUGAACCUCAUAUCAGGUUUUAUGUGCAUUUUAGAUAAAAAGAUGAGUGCUUGGUUGUAAGGCUGUGGUUAUGUGUACAUAAUGUUAAAUAAGACUAAAUAAGAUAUUGCAUAUAGAGCAUGCAUAUACACAGGGCCUCACACAGUGUUCAGUCAAUGUGGGAUCAUGGGAGAUAGCAAUGAAUCAUAAAUGAGAAGGUAUAGUAAUUCUAGAACUCUCUAGAAAGGGUUUUCUGCAUAGCAGUUAGUAAAAAUCUGCUGUUCAAAUAGGAACCUAGAUUGCAAGGUCCCAUUUCCCUCCCCAGUUUGCAGAGAAACAUUUUACAUCUCUUUGUGCUGAACUGGGGAAGGAGAGAUAACCAGAAUCCUGGGAAUUUCAGGACAUGAUAUAUGAAGAUCUCCAAGGACAGAAGAGGCCCCCUCAUCUUUGGAACUACCCUCUUCUCCUCCCUUUCAUGCUUUGCUUGGACACUCAGCAACUGGAAGAUCAGGAAAUACUUACUAGAUCCUUCUGUUUACAUUCUCCACCUUCCUUCCUUUCCUGGGCAGUAUGCCCACUGACCCCAAAGUAUCAAGUGUGAUACCUGGCCUAGACCAGUGGCCCCAGGAAAGGGUGCACAUUUGGUUGUCCAGUUAGCAUAGCAUCCGAGGACAGGAAGUACAUUGGCUAAUAGAAGGUGGUCCUCUGCACCUGAAAUUAAUUGUAGUUUUAAAUCCAUUUCAGAAAUGCAUCAUUUAACUCUCUGACCCAGGUAAAAGCCUGGGUCACUUGGUGAGAAGCCCGUUUCAAUAGUGAUUGAAAAAUCUGGCCCUGCCAAGUUCCUUGGGCUUUGUAAAAUUUUGCUAUAGCUUCUUUCUAUCAUAAAGCACGUGUCUAGUGAAGACUGUGUGUGUGUUUAUGAUCGUUAUGCUGUAUUAAAGAGGCAUGUUGAGUUCCAGAAAGAGAACAAGGAUGCUGCAUAUUCCACUACCUGCAAAGCAAUUAAAUUAUUGUCUGACAUGUUUAUAGCUGCAGAACCAGUAAUCAGCUUUUAGUCUGAGUAGCGGAUAUGGCAUUAUAAUCCAGUGCUUUGCUGAGAGGUUCAUAUUUAGCAUUUGCAUUUGAUAAUUUAAUUUAAAUAAUACUGAGUGAGCACAGUUACACUUCUUGGCAAUUGUCAGAGUAACAGGAAAGAAUGCAUUGCAAGACUGUUUUUGUAUAGUUAAUUAUAUAUUCCAGAAUGGUUUUCACUUCCUCAUUAUUAACUUCUGCUCCUCUUAUUGAAUGCACUAGAAAAUGAUAGAUGCCUCUAAAGUCACAAGUAUUAUGUCCCUCUUUGGCCCUUUUUCCCUCUUCCCACAGAAACAAUAUCUGAGCAAUCUUCAAAUUUCCAUGAGAUUGUGAAAGCCCCGCAGUGAACCAUUAAAAAAGAAAUUCCCUCAAAGGGAUUUUUUUCUUGCAAGAUGCCUUUAUGUAUUAGAGAUCAAUUUUCUGAUAAGAUUCUCUGUUUCAGAGAAUAUUUGGUAAUUUUAACAAAAAGUAAGUACUUGCCACAGGAACAGUGAACCCCAAGGUAAUGGCCAAUAAUGUCAGCAACUAGAUGAAAUAAGUUGCAGAAAGAGUGGCUUCUCUCCAACAUCCCCCUUCAAAAUAAAGUUUAUUGGGUGAUUGCAGGAUUUUCUUUUAUAGGAAAUAUGAGCUAUCAGGAUUUCUCAUUCCUUCCCCUCCUUUUCCUUUCCUUUCCUUCUCUUCCUUUCCAUUCUCUUUCCCUCCUUUCUUUUCUUGUUUCCUUAUUUCUCCUUUUCCUGUUUUUCUCUUCUU